UUCGUGUUCUUACACAAUCUUCUUCCUUCCUUCGUCUCCUCUGAAUAGAUUAGAUUAGAUCUUCUUUCCGGAUCAUCGUCUCUUACCGAUUCGUUCAAUUAUCCAUCGUUUGUGAUUGAAACAAGGUAUCUACGAUGAGUUCGAAGAAGGUGGAAGGCUCCUCAGCUCCGGCGAAUCGAAGAGACCCGUACGAGGUGCUCUCUGUAGCAAGAGACGCCACUGAUCAAGAAAUCAAAUCCGCUUACCGUAAAUUAGCUCUCAAGUAUCAUCCGGAUAAGAACGCGAAUAAUCCAGAAGCUUCUGAUCUUUUCAAGGAGGUUGCUUUCUCUUACAGCAUCUUGUCUGACCCGGAGAAGAGAAGGCAAUACGACAAUGCUGGGUUUGAGGCUCUUGAUGCUGAUGGAAUGGAAAUGGAAAUCGACUUGUCUAACUUAGGAACUGUAAACACCAUGUUUGCUGCAUUGUUCAGCAAACUAGGUGUGCCUAUCAAGACCACUGUGUCUGCCAAUGUUCUUGAGGAGGCUAUGAAUGGAACUGUUACUGUUAGGCCUCUUCCUAUUGGUACAUCUGUUAGCGGCAAGGUUGAGAAGCAAUGCGCUCAUUUUUUUGGAGUUACAAUAAGUGAACAACAAGCUGAGUCAGGGGUUGUUGUUAGAGUGACUUCAACUGCACAAAGUAAAUUCAAAUUACUUUAUUUUGAGCAAGAUUCAAGUGGCGGCUAUGGAUUAGCCUUACAGGAAGAGAGUGAGAAAACAGGGAAGGUGACAUCAGCCGGCAUGUAUUUCUUACAUUUUCAAGUUUACAGAAUGGAUUCAACUGUCAAUGCGUUAGCUGCAGCCAAGGACCCUGAAUCCGCUUUCUUCAAGCGUUUGGAAGGUCUUCAACCUUGUGAAGUCUCGGAACUGAGAGCUGGCACUCAUAUAUUUGCAGUUUACGGUGAUAACUUCUUUAAGACUGCAUCUUACACAAUUGAGGCACUUUGUGCAAAGACCUAUGAGGAGACGACAGAGAAGUUGAAGGAGAUUGAAGCUCAAAUCUUAAGAAAGAGAAACGACUUGCGGCAGUUUGAAACUGAGUACCGAAAAGCUUUGGCUCGCUUUCAAGAAGUUACCACCAGAUACACCCAGGAGAAGCAAACUGUGGAUGAGCUGCUAAAGCAACGGGACUCGAUUCAUUCGUCUUUCUCUGUGGUGAAGACACCAAGCGGCAACAACUUGAGCAACGGAAGUAGCAGCAAAGCUCAGGGAGAUGAACCAAAAGGAGAGGGUGAUAGUGCAGGAGAAGAAGGCGGGGCAGAGAGUAGAGACAAAUCGAAAAGGAAAUGGUUCAACUUGAACAUAAAAGGAUCUGAUAAGAAGCUUGGUUGACCAGAUGGUGGCUUUGUUCCUUUGUUGGUAUCUUAAAGUCUUUUUGGUGUUUUUGUUCAUUCGUUCGUGGGAACUGAUACGUUGUCACUGGUAUAAACUGGUAUUAUUAUCAUUGUGCGCGUUAUAUGUUCAUUUGAAUGGUCCGUAAGCUCUUUUAAUGCAGAAGGAUUGUAGUGGUCAUAGGAAAGCUUUUCAAGUUGGGAUAUGCAACUCUGAUUUUAUUGUAAGUUUUUGAAGUUAUAA